AUAAUCAAUACUUACAUUCAAGUUGAUGGAAACUAGAACCUAUAAACAAUAUUUUCCCUCUAAUUUACCUUGAAGCUACGUUGAAAAAAGAAGAAGAAAAAAAAUUCAAGGAAUACUUAGCUAUGGGAAGAGAAUUAUUGACGAAGCUGAAAACUUUAGCAACUCUAGAAAAAACUUCAGCUAUGGAGAAGUACGAGCAAUCUCACGUUCGGAAAUUAUCUUAUGCAGCUACUGAAGAGACGGCCUCGGGCAUUGAUAAUGAAAGUGUCGCUGAAGAUCAUGCAAUAUUUAGCAAAGAAGAAAGUUUUGAUCGAAGAGACAGCAGAAUGAUCACAUUAAUUCACAAAUACGCUGCUACAUUCACGAAACAUUACGAGAUAUUCAAUAAAAUGAAUCAUGAUGUUGAAGAGAUUGUUGAUCGAUUCAACAUUAUAUUAGAUUUUAUUCACCAUCAGCUGCAAAUAAGAUCAUCUUUGAGUUUGGCUUUGGCUAAAAAUGAAUCAAAGUUGGAGAAAAAAAACGAAUGGAUUCCAAUUGUGACAUCUGUUAGCGAAGAAAAAUUAAAUAAUCAGGUUUCCGAUGAAUUGGUGAUAUCCACCGACGAAGAUGGAAAAUCCAUGGUAGACAUUUUGUCCGAUCAUUUUGAAAGUUCUUCAGUAAAUAUUACAUAUAAACAUGUGAAAGUUUCUGGAACAGGGCAUUUAGUGGAUCAUACGUAUAGCUGUGAAAUAGCGAAUUUAUACACUGAAGGAAAAUCUCGUAAAAAAACCAAAGCAAAGGAGGAAGCUGCGACAGAGAUGAUAAAACAGAUAAUAAGGCGCCAGAAACAGAACAAUCUACCAAAUCAAAUUACUCCAUUUAACGAGCAGCAAAUGUACGAACUCUCAGUUAAACUAAGCGAAAAGGAGGAUUUUAUUGAAAAAUUGGAAGAAAAAUGCUUACAUAUGCAUGAACCUCCGCCUCUCUAUACGAUUAUAUCUGAAACUGGAAAAAAUAACGAAGCGUAUUACACCUUGAAAUGCGAAGCACUCGGAUAUACCGCUUUAGGACAUGGUAUUGAAAAAUUUCAAGCAAAAAGAAAUGCCGCAAAAUCCAUCUUGAAUUUGGUGACAAUGCGUAAAAAAUCGACAGUAUACUAAAGUUGACAAUAUGCUUUUAUUUCACUCAAU